CCUCCCAAUCUCCCAAUCUCCCUCUCAACCCUCCCAACACCAACACCAACACCAACACCCCGAUUCCCAGGCUUCUCGAAAGUCCGUUCCGUCCGUCCAUCAUGCAUCAUGCAUCAGGCCUCAGGUCCGACCGACAAAUAGCACCUAUUGAUUCAACGCUUGGCGUUACCUACUAUACUAAUGAGCCCCAAUGCGAAUUUACGACGAUGGUCGCCAUAGAUGCCAAUAAUUACCACUACCAAAACGACACCCUAAGGAGGAUAGACGUCAGAAUAGGUGCCCUGACAUCUCAAGUUUCGGCCCAGGGGGCCUCAUCAUGUGCCAGAAUAGAUGCCCUAGCAUCUGGAGUCUCCGACCUUUCAGCGAAAGUCAUGGCGCAAGGGGCCUCAAUAGAUGCCAUCUAUAGCUUAGAUGAAUCUGAAGUAGACAAUGUCGCGACCUGUCCUCAGCGAAAUUGGCCAGCCGAGUUCAAAAGAGGCGAGUCUCAGAGUGAUUGGACUUGUAUCAUACUACUCAGUCAGCACACGAAGGCAAGAUGUAGAACCGAGUGUAUUUCAUAUGGUAAUGCGAACAAUGUUGAAACCACUGAAGACGGCACGAGGCCGAUGACCGAAUGAUUCUAUAGAACUCGUCCGAUUGAGCCGAUAAUGGGGGAGGAUGAUCUUGGCCGGACAGAGAAAUGAGAACCUUGAAAAGCGAGGAUGCAACCUACUAUAUGCUA